UAAAAGGCGACCAUCCGACUUAAGCUCUAAAACCCCUCAAGAGGUCACCGGAGAAGACAACCCCAGUGACGGCGAUGGAGUCAGUAGCUCGUUCCAUACCCACCGUGGGCAGUGCCGGGGCAAAUGGGCUUCAAGGCCGUGACCGGUGCGGGCAAUUCCAAAUGCCGCUGCACUACCCGAGAUACACUCAGGCCGACUACGAGACCAUGCCGGAGUGGAAGAUCGACUGUUUGCUCGCGGAGUACGGCCUCCCGGUCACCGGUGGUGUCGAGCAGAAGAGGAAGUUUGCCAUGGGAGCUUUCCUGUGGCCCCGUUAGAAUUUUAUUUAAAAUUUGGGGGCGGAACAGCUAAACCGAAAAAUCAAUGGAGCGUGUACACAGGCUUGGUUUUUGGUUAUGGAGCUUGGAAGUAGCAAAAGUGGGCAUGGAAGAAGCAAAAUUUUAGUAUGAGGCCUUUUGGAUUAGUGCUAGUAGUGGUGGCUAUACAUAGUUUUUGUGUGUGAUUUUUGUGAUUUUGCCCUGUAUUGAGCUCUUUUGACUUUAAGUAAUGAACUAUGGAUCGACGGUACCAAGUUCUAUGGUGAA